AUGCCCCAUCUGCGCCUCGACGGCGCCGAGGAGGUGGCGAGCUCCACCUUGCUGCCGCAGCUGCUGAACGAGGUGGCCAACGCCACCGAGACCCCAGCCCCGACCUGGGACCCACCCACAGACAAUGCCUCGGGCUGCGGGGAGCAGAUCAACUACGGCAGAGUCGAGAAAGUUGUGAUCGGCUCCAUCCUGGCGCUGAUCACGCUGCUGACGAUCGCGGGCAACUGCCUGGUGGUGAUCUCGGUCUGCUUCGUCAAGAAGCUCCGCCAGCCCUCCAACUACCUGAUCGUGUCCCUGGCCAUGGCCGACCUCUCGGUGGCCGUGGCGGUCAUGCCCUUCGUCAGCGUCACCGACCUCAUCGGGGGCAAGUGGAUCUUCGGGCACUUCUUCUGCAACGUCUUCAUCGCCAUGGAUGUCAUGUGCUGCACGGCCUCGAUUAUGACCCUGUGUGUGAUCAGCAUCGACAGGUACCUUGGGAUCACCAGACCCCUGACCUACCCCGUGAGACAGAACGGAAAAUGCAUGGCGAAGAUGAUCAUCUCUGUCUGGCUGCUGUCGGCUUCCAUCACUCUGCCUCCUCUCUUCGGAUGGGCCCAGAACGUCAACGACAACAAGGUGUGCCUGAUCAGCCAGGAUUUCGGCUACACCAUCUACUCGACCGCCGUGGCGUUCUACAUCCCCAUGUCCGUCAUGCUCUUCAUGUAUUACCGCAUCUACAAGGCUGCCCGCAAGAGCGCCGCCAGGCACCGCUUCCCCGGCUUCCCCCGCCUCGACGGGCCCGAGGGUGCUAUCUCCCUGCACAACAUGGGAAAGCUGAAGGAUGUGGAGGAGUGCGCCAACCUGUCCCGGCUCCUCAAGCACCAGCGGAGGAACAUCUCCAUCUUCAAGCGGGAACAGAAAGCUGCGACCACCCUGGGCAUCAUCGUUGGAGCCUUCACGAUUUGCUGGCUGCCCUUCUUCCUCCUCUCUACGGCUCGGCCCUUCAUCUGCGGCACGGUGUGCAGCUGCAUCCCGCUGUGGGUGGAGAGGACAUUCCUGUGGCUGGGAUACGCGAACUCUCUCAUUAAUCCCUUUAUCUAUGCCUUCUUCAACCGCGACCUGAGAACCACCUACAAGAGCCUGCUCCAGUGCCAGUACCGCAACAUCAACCGUAAGCUCUCCGCUGCAGGCAUGCACGAGGCGCUGAAGCAGGCAGAGAGGCCUGAACGCCCCGAGUUCUUGCUCUAAG